AUGUCCGACUACGAACGGACAAUUCUUGAAUUCUACCAGCUGCCCACGUCAUACCCCUCAGAAUGGCCUGCAGAAAAGGACGAGCAGGACUCGUCCGGAGACGAGGCUGAUACGAAGAAGCACAGCCGCCAAAAGUCGCGAUACCAGGCGCUCGAGGCGGCCGCUGGUGAUGGGAAAGUCGCGUCAGCAAAGGGAGCCGUCAACAACCUGGCCUUGAAGGACGAGCCAGACCCGUUAGGCACCACCGACAGCGUUGUCCGUUCGCUGAGAGAAAUCGGGCUCCCGGCACAGGAUGACGUGCGGCUUCGGAACCGAUUCAUGCUGUCCUCGACCACCUUUUCCCCCACCCUGUUCCUAUCGCAGGUACACGCCAACGCGGACACGCGCACGCUGCUCGAGGGCUUGAACAUCCUGUCCCAGUCGAUUGAUCAAAAGUCCGCAUCGCUCAAGGUGCUCGUGGAAAGCAACUUUGAGAGAUUCGUCAAGGCAAAGGCAACCAUAGACAAUGUGUACAGAGAGAUGAAGUACCGCGGAACGGAGGCCGGCGGACGAGCUUCGGUCCAUGGACGCCAUGCUAGUCGCACGAGCUUACGUGGUGGCAGGGGUGGCCUCAACAACCCCUUGGCUCACUCGACCGACUCUCGAAAGAAGAAUGCCUUAAUCAAAGAAAGCGAAUAUGGUGUCUUGGGCAUCAAGGUGCCCCUGCUGGACGUUUCCGCCAAGGCUGAAGAUGUAUGGGGUCCGGCCCUGGGAGGGAGAGAAAAGGAGGAGCACCUGAGAGCCUUCCAGCGAUACGUCAACAAGUUCAAGGAUCCGCUGGAGCUGAGCACCAUCAUAGCCGACUGCAUCAAGAGGAAAGACUACGAGACCCUGGUGGAGGCAUACAACCGUGCCAGGAAGUUUGCAGACGACGCGCGCGCCCUAUCGCAAAACAUCGACCGCCAAAUGCCCGACGACGAGCAGCUCUAUCAGAUCAUGAUAGCCGCCCGAGUGUGGUACGAUGUUGAUCACCAGAUCCAGAGCUUCAAGCGGGAUGCGUGGAAGCGGCUGGCUGCCUCACACACGCUGUCAAAAGCCGAGACUCAGGUUGGCCGAAGUCCGGAGCAGCACAUGGAGAUGAUCAACCUCUUGCUGGAACUCGGCGUUGAAGAUAGCCCGAUACGAGUGUGGCUCAUGAGCCGCCACGACUACCUGAAAACCAAGAUUCAGUCAACGGCCGAGCGCACAAAGGCGGAAAUUGAGGUGCUCCGCCGAAGACUGGCAGCCACCGAGAAGCCCACAAGCCGAACUGUGGCCACUCAUCUACGUACACUGGGUCGACAGAGUCUUGAAGCCAAGCCGACGCACAGCGACUCCCCAGACGUGAUUGAGCUGUGGGAGAAGAUGCUUGGUUUCCUGAGCAGCCUGAUAUCUCCCCAGGGCAUCCUUGGGGACCUUCUCGAGUUUUGGCAGACUGCCCAGGGCUUCAUUGAAGGCAGGAUACAGAAGACGCUGCCCACGGGCUACAAUGACGAGUCUCGGAUCCAUCAUCAGCUGACGCAGAGUAAUGUUGCGGAUAUCGAAAAGGGCAUCGUCGAAUUGGUGGAUCUGCUCCGCGGGCACAUUCACGACUUUUUCGCAGCGCCGCCCCCUGAGGACCUUAGUGUGGUCUUCUCGCCGCUGCCAAUAUCGCCUCACUCUCCGAUAUCCGCGGGGGGGUAUGGCAGCUCCCUAAACCCUACUUCCACACGGGAUCCGCGAUUCAAUUUUGAUCCGAACAACCCGCCGCCCUCGUCGCCGAAGAAGGGCGAGCCGUGGGAGAAGCUGGCCUUUUGGCCCCCCUGGUCCAACUCUAUCAGCGGAGUGUAUUAUCUCUGUAGGAUGCUGGGACUGGUCGGCUCAGGCGCGUCCGACCUCGCCACCAUCGAGCCCAUCCGCUCGCGAAACAAUCAAGUCCUGGAGCAGCUCAAGUCCCUGACCGGCGUGUCCAGAGAGCGGUGUGUGACGGCUCUUUGCGCUGCUUGGAACCGUGACGCCGAGAAUAUGAAGUACAUUGAAGACUGGCUGCCGUCUGCGGAGUCGGGCGAUGUCACGCGGAUGCCUGCCAGCUUUGCCGCAUUCGAGGGCGCUCUUCUGAGUGGCAUGCAAAAGAUCCUCUACAUCACCGAGGCCAUGUCGAAGCCGGGCGCCGGUGAUAUUGUCCUGCCGCCACCGGCCAAGCUGCUCCAGAUGGUCCGGAGCCAGUAUGUCAGCACCUUGUACAAGGCCUUGAGCGGCAUGGUGGAGAAUGCAGAGCGAUCCGUCAAGAAGACGGACGACGAGUGGUCCAUUGGCCAAGACGGAGGCACCUCUGCUGCCUCGUCAGUGGGCAAGAGCACGCUUGAUGCUGGAGACCGAAAUGUCCGAAUGCUCCUUACGUUGAGCAAUCUGCAGGCUCUGCGAUCCCAAGUCGUCCCCAACCUGAACUCACAGUUUGAGAAUGCAUUCUCCGUCAAGCUUACGGACGAGUCCAAGACCAUCAAAGACGUGCUCGGCCAGAUUGAUGCCCGCCUCUUCCAGUCCUACACCAAGCAGUCCACCGAGAAGCUCCGCGAAAUCAUCCACGCCGGGCUCGCAGACCCCGACUGGGCCCCCGGAGUCGGCGAACGGCCGCAGGCGGCAAAACCAUACGUAUACGAGACGCUCCUGACGCUCGUGCUCGUCCACUCGCAGGUGUCCACCACGGCCGCCUCCUUAACGCCCCAGGUCCUGUCCUUCUUGCUGGAGCAGACGUCGCUGCAGCUGCUCGACGCGUUCCGCAAGCGCUCGCGCUACUCCCUCAGCGCGCUCAUCCAGGCGACGCUCGACGUCGAGUUCAUCGCGCAGACGCUGAGCCACUACACGACGGACCGGGCGUCGGAGCUGCAGAGCCAGAUCUACCAGGAGCUGGACAGCCGGACGGACAACGAGGCGCGCGCGCGCCUGCAGAACGAGCUGCCCGAGAUGCGCAACGUGCUCAAGAAGCUGAGGGAGGCGAGCAAGAACGAGUUUGCGUGCUUCAAGAAGCCGAAGCGCGUGGGGACGGGGGGCGGUGUGUCGAGGGUGGAUAGCGGGAGCAUGUCGCCAACGGCCAAGUUUGGCUUUGAGGGGCGGUGA